CYAUUGAAUAUUGGCAGGUUGAGAAAGCCGACACCAAGACCGAAAUGGACGAAGAAGCUAUCGCAGAAUUGAAACGGUGAGUAUUAUUCUGGAUUCUAUGCUUGUUGUAUAUGAUUAUGAUGCGACGCGGAUUAUUUCCAUAGAUGGACUUGUAAAAACUCAUCGAACGGAUGUACUCCUGUUCACGUGCAACUCUCUGUCACCAGUCACUACGGUUUCUAUCUCAAGGAUGGUAUGUCCGUUCUAGAGCUAGGUGCUGCCGAAGAGUCUUAUCUACCGGAUGGUAUCAAACUUUCACGUCAUGUGGGUGUCGGCUUGAGUGAUAAACUAAUGGGCGAGAACCCAUCUUUGACAGACAAGCUGAUUGUCGAUCUAAAUAAAGUUAUAAAGGAUGGUGAUGUCGACUCUGAUGAACUACGCAAACUUGCAGAAGAACCUUUUGACGCAAUCAUUAUGGCAAACACCGCUGAAUUCCUAAUGCAUCCGAGAGAAGUAUUUAAGACUGCAUGGUUCCUGCUCAAACCCGGAGGUGAAUGUUUCAACGCCUUCGGAACGAAAACAGCGUUUGGUGACAAAUUUGAGCGAGCACAAACUCGCAUGUGGCGGGACUACAACGACGAUCAGCAUAUGUGGGUCGCUGGGUCGUUUUAUCAAUUCAGUGCCGGGGAUGGGUGGCAAAAUGUGAGGGGCUUUGAUAUUUCACCAGAAUCCGCGAAAGAGAAUUUUGGGGAAACAGGGCCACUAGAUUUCCUCAACAACCAAGGAAAAGACAAUAACAUCUACGUUGUUCAAGCGACCAAAGGAUAUCAGGAUGAUUCGAUAGACGAGUCAGAUCCUGCCAAGUCCAUCAACUCAAAAAUGUGGAUGUUGCCUACAUUGGAAGACCGAGACAAAAAACUUGUCGUGCCUCGUUUGGGGAGAUCUUACACUGUGUUGAAAAACCCCAAACGAAAAGAUGCCAUUAGGGAUCACAUCCAAUAUCUCCCCAAGAUUUAUGAAGCACUCAUUAAGAUGGAUGCCUUUGCUUUCACUUUUGAAAUGCAAUCUCAGCUCGCAGCUGACCUAGUUCUUGAUCCUGACUUUGACGCAAACGACGAGCAAAUCAAAGCUCUGAAAGAAGGUACGUUCGGAACCAAAGUCAAUGUGGCAAAAUUUGAUUGAUUUUACUUUCUUUGCAGGCGGCAGCUCACCAAUAUCUUUUCUCAUUCUUUCAUCUCAGGACUUGGAUUGCGAACUCCAUCGAAAGAAUUUUGGGAACCGGUUGGACAGCUUACCGGUGCGAUGGAUAUAAAUGAUAAAAUUAAUCUUCUCUCUUACAUCGUCCCACGUUUUGGAAGUGGCGAUGAGAAACAGGAGGCCGCAUUGCUGGCGUAUGCAUCCGGUUUGAAGCCUACRUUUGAUACUUUACGAUCGAAGUGUCCGGAUAUGCCGGAAUCCGAUAUUCAGCUUCUAGGAACCGAAUUGUUGAAUGCAGAUAUUCUCAUUCCCGACAGAUCAACGAAGGAAGAAUUUGCCGCGUGGCUAGGAGCAAUGAAUGCGGACGAAAUGAAGUCGAUUCUUUCGGUUCGAAAGGGACUGAACGAAGAAUCUGAUACCCAGCUCAAGGCUUUCAAGAAACAACAGAAAGAAGACGAGGAGAAACGGGCGGAGAUUCGAAAAGAGUACGAGCAACAAGUGAAAGACGCGAGAAAAAACCGAACCAUCAUUUUCAAUCCAGCAACGGGAAACUUCCAAGAACUAGAGAAACAGAAGAAGCUGUUUUAAUUUUCAUUAUUUGAACAGACUUUGAACAACAGAAC